AUGGCCCCGGUGCUUAGUGCUCAUCCGCAGGUCACGCUGACGCUGGUUCUGCUCCUGUCUGUGCUCAGUUUGGCUGCUGGUGGGAAGCUGCUGGUGGUGCCAGUGGAUGGGAGUCAUUGGCUCAGCAUGCGGGAGGGUUUGGACGUUCUCAGGCAGAAAGGGCAUGAAAUAGUCGUCGUUGCACCAGAAAUAAAUUUACACAUAAAGCAAACGAAGAAUUUUGUGAUAAAAAUGUACCCAGUUCCUUUCACACAGGAAGAGAUGGAUGGAAAGUUCCAGGCAUUUGUACAAGAUUCACUUGAAGAAGGAUCUUUUUUGGAAAGAUUUCUUAAAGGAUAUAAAGGCAUGAAAAGAAUCUCUGGUAUAGCGUUCUCCAGCUGUGCACACUUACUGUCCAACAAAGAGCUUCUCAGAUAUCUUGAGGAGAGCAAGUUUGAUGCCAUCCUUACAGACCCUGUAAUAGCCUGUGGGCCCAUCCUGGCUGAGCAUCUUUCAAUCCCUUCCGUGUUUUUUUUGCGAGGAAUACCGUGUGGUUUAGAUUCUGAAGCCACUCAAUGUCCCAAUCCACCUUCUUAUAUUCCCAGGGUAUUAACAGAACUGACAGACAGGAUGAACUUUCUCCAGCGGAUGAACCUCCAGCGGGUGAAGAAUCUAAU